GUCCCUCUCCCCCUGCCCCACCCCCGCCGAUGGGCCGGCCCGGCUCUCCCUGCCGAGAAAUGGGCCGGCCCGGCUGCGCGCGGGCAGCGGCGGCGGCGGCCCAAGAUGGCGGAGCUGCAGCUGGACCCGGCGAUGGCGGGGCUGGGAGGGGGAGGGGGAGGCGGGAGUGGGGUGGGUGAGGGAGCCGGGCCGGGCCGCGGGCCCCCCAGCCCUCGCCCCGCUGGCCCCACGCCCCGCGGGCACGGCCGCCCGCCCGCCUCCGUCGCGCAGCCGCCGGAGCCGGGUCCCGGACCGCCCGAGCGGGCAGGGGGCGGCGGCGCAGCCCGCUGGGUCCGGCUGAAUGUGGGCGGCACCUACUUCGUGACCACCAGACAGACCCUAGGUCGGGAGCCCAAGUCUUUCCUCUGCCGCCUCUGCUGCCAGGAGGACCCGGAGCUGGACUCGGACAAGGAUGAGACAGGGGCCUAUCUGAUUGACAGGGACCCUACCUACUUUGGUCCUAUCCUAAACUACCUCCGCCACGGGAAACUCAUCAUUACUAAGGAGUUGGCAGAAGAAGGUGUACUAGAAGAAGCGGAGUUUUACAACAUUGCAUCUCUUGUGCGACUGGUUAAGGAAAGGAUACGGGACAAUGAGAACAGAACUUCACAAGGCCCUGUGAAGCACGUGUACAGAGUCCUGCAGUGCCAGGAGGAAGAGCUCACCCAGAUGGUCUCCACUAUGUCUGAUGGCUGGAAAUUUGAACAGCUAAUCAGCAUCGGAUCUUCCUAUAACUAUGGAAAUGAGGAUCAGGCAGAAUUCCUCUGUGUUGUCUCCAGAGAACUAAAUAAUUCUACCAAUGGCAUUGUCAUAGAGCCGAGUGAAAAGGCGAAGAUUCUUCAGGAGAGAGGAUCUCGGAUGUAAACCAAGAAUCUGAAACUCCAGAGUUGUGAACGUUGAGAGCAGCCCAGCAGAGCGCCUCUGUGAAGUUAAGUCUUGCUCCUGUACAGGAACCGAGCUACUGCAAAGCAAAGCUGAGCUUGGCCCCCAGUGGAGAGGUGUUCUGGUCAAAACCAAAGGAACCCCCACCCCACCCACAGGACUCCAAAGACAGAGGCAGCUUCUGGCUGCAGAAUUACCUUUUCAGAAACCUGCUUUUGUUUUCUUAGCCAGUGUUACAACAGAUCUUUACAACAGCAGCUGGGCUGGGUUCCCAACGGAGCCUUUUGGGGAUCUGGGGAAGAGGGAGGAAGGCCUAGCUCCUUGGAAAUGGUCUGUACAUCAAGCAAGCUGGAGCAAAGGAAAGAGGAUUGUCCCCAAGCUGGGCCAUGGUUUCACCCCUAGUGUGCCACGAUGGAUGUUAGCAGCAGCUUUGGAACACUUUCCCUCCUCUGUGCACCCUCAAAAUCAUGCAGCAGAGGCAGACAGUUCUAGCUUCAGCUUGUCCAGUUGAGGUUUUGGAUGAAGGACAGAAUUGCCAGAGCACCCUAUAUCUCUAUGAACAGAGCCUCUUUGAAGAAAGGGAGGACGCGGUAUCCUUCAUUGUGGUUGGAGGGUGGAGAUCACUGCUCCUGAUUCGGGGCACUCAGCUGCUACCACGUGCAGCUUUGCCUCAGUUGUCUCCAGCAGCCAGGACCCUCCUGAGAGCUGGCUUUCUCCCCGAGAGGAGGCUCAAGGCAGGCAGAGCUGAAACAGACAGACGGACAAAGGGGGAGCUUUAGGUCGUUGAGAUAACUGCUUCUGCAGUCUUUUCCUUUCUUUUUUUUUUUGCAUCUGGCCAGUAAGGGGAUCUGAACCCUUGACCUUGGGGUUAUCAGUACCAUGCUCUGCUGAGCAAGGUAACUGGCCAGCCCUGCAGCCAUUUCUUACCCCCCAUUAACUCUCUCUUCCUUCCCUGGCUUUCUAAACUGGACCAAAGAUAAAGGGAUUUGAAGACCCUCUGGUUUGGGGUGGGGAAGGCUGUUUCUUUGAAAGUUGCCAAACGUGUUAUGUGUUGUAUCUAAAAGAGUUGUUAUUUCUGUGAUUGUCUUUUGGAAAUGCCUUGACUGAGUGUGCAAUGUUCGUGUCUCUUCUUGGUUUCUCAGCUUGGCACACCUGCCGCCCUGCGGCGUCUGUGACUCCACACCAUCCCCACUAGCAUGUGUGCGUAUGCUGGGCAGUCAGGACCCCCUGUGUCUCUGACGUCCCCCCUCACCUUCUUUCCAUGAGUGCCAUGUUGCGAGGUUCAAAUGCCUGUUUGAUAGGCUGUGGCAGAGCCCUCCUCUGGGCCAUGGCCUCAGAGCCUGUGUGUGCACUUUCCCUCUGAGCCUCUGAGUCGUUGCGCAGUCACGGAAUGCAGAGGGGCCAGAGAAUCCCUAUUUUUCCCUAGACAACUUUUAAUAGUGUGGCAAAUGGUACGGAGAAGGGACAGGGGCCUUAGCCAGGCACCCCCGGGACCUCCAGAGCCGAGGUUGUCUAUGCCCCACAGCUAAACUGCUUCCUAGGUGGGUCUAGGGUAGUAAUUUCUGGAAAUGACUGUAGACUGUGCCAAAUGUCUUUUGAGCUUGUGACCUGACCGUGCCCAGGAUGGCUGUUCUCCAGGAUUCUCACUUUUUUCUUUAUUUCUCUGUAUCUGUAGAGUAGAAUAGAAAUGUGCAUACAGGGUUUCUGCUGAUACAUAUAUGUCUACACAGCAAUGUAAGUAUACACGUGGCACCUCAAAAGUCUGGCCUGUGCCCAGUACUCUUACAGCUGUCAAUGUUAGAUGAGCUUCUACCUACAGUGAAAGCAGUCACCCCUUCAAAAGGGUCACAGGCAUUCAUUCUGUCAUAUCUUUCAGGAAAAAAAAAGAUUUGGGUGUAGUCAAGGAAAAGUAGAGAUAGCAGGAAGAGCUGCUCCGACUAGAGUAGGACAGAGUACUUUGGAAGAGGUGCUCUUAGGCCAGUUCAAAUAAGUAACAUCAGCCUGACUAGGAGGAAAAGCAGCUUAAUUUGGGGCCUUGUGCCCAGUCAUAUUUGUUUUGGCCCCUCAUCCCUCUGCUUUCCUAGGGCAUUCCUGAGAGUCAGCACCGGCCAGGGCUGGGGGGCCAAGGCAGAUGCCUCUGGUCCUAACCCCAGCUCUGUCACCACAUUCAGCAGGAAGGAGCAAGAAGAGCUGGAGGGUGGACACUGGACAAGUACCUCAUGGGUGCACUGUUACCUACAUUUAUCUUCAGGGUCCCACAGUUGAUCCUGUAAAAAGACUGCCAUUGAGCCCCAAGCCAAGUGCUCUGGGGAACAGACAUAAAUAAUAUUUCUGGUCUCUUAGAGGGCUGGUGUUCACCAAGUUUCCCUCCUUGCUGCAACCCAGUGACAAUUUAAUUGUUCCGGGGCUCCAGGAAUCUGAGGAUGACUCCUUAAGAUUUCUGGGCAAGUGUUUUACCCAAACCCUUUGUGAACCCAGUUUGUGUUCUUGCUUAAAAGCCUUCUUCCCCCCAGGAGAGUCUGGUCACUUCAGAGAGGGGUCUGCCUAUCGGUUUGGGGGUGUCACAUGACCAGUGACCCACACUCUCCACCACCCAAUACUGCCAAUUGGGGAGUGUCUUUCUGCCUUUUUCUUUUGUCUUUUUGGCGGCUAGUCGAUAUGGGGAUCCAAACCUGUGACCUUGGUGUCAGCACCGCUGCUCUAACCAAGAGAGCUAAGUGGCCCGCCCCGGGAGCACCCCUGAGUGAUGACGAAGCAGCACCACUUCUGUCUUCUAAGAAUCUGGGCUUUUUCCUUGACAAUGAGGGGGGGCCCAGCCUCCUCCUACGUGACUUCGUUUCCGCUCAGUCGUCACUGCUCCCAGGGGUGUCAGUGAGGUGCAGGGAGGAAGCCAUAGAGAUGCUGAGGGACACCCACACCCUCCAGCAUGGCCUCCAUGCAGACCUUAGGGACCAUGCCUGUCACUCAUGGGUGCCCUUUGUUACCAUUUGUGUGUUUGAAUAGAGUCAGAUGCUGUGACAUUUUUGUCAAUAAAGAUACGAAACAAA